AUGUCUCCUCCAGCCACUUCGCAGCGUUAUCCGUCACCGUCCCAACCUUCAGGGAAAAGCGAAGUGUCAGAUCUGAAAUCCCAGCUUCGUCAGCUAGCUGGAAGUAGAGCUCCAGGAGUUGAUGAUUCCAAGCGUGACCUCUUCAAGAAAGUGAUAUCUUACAUGACGAUUGGCAUUGACGUCUCAUCGGUAUUUGGAGAAAUGGUUAUGUGCUCGGCAACAUCAGACAUUGUCCUGAAGAAAAUGUGUUAUCUUUAUGUUGGAAACUAUGCAAAGGGUAAUCCUGAUCUUUCCCUUUUGACGAUCAAUUUUCUCCAAAGGGAUUGCAAAGAUGAAGAUCCUAUGAUCCGUGGGCUUGCUCUGAGGAGCUUGUGUUCCUUGCGAGUGCCAAACCUUGUGGAGUAUCUGGUUGGUCCCUUGGGGAGCGGGCUAAAGGACAAUAACAGCUAUGUGAGAACAAUCGCUGUGACUGGAGUACUAAAGCUUUAUCACAUCUCAGCCUCAACCUGCAUCGAUGCCGAUUUUCCUGCAACGCUAAAAAGUUUGAUGCUUCAUGAUUCAGAUGCUCAGGUAGUUGCCAAUUGCCUGUCUGCACUUCAAGAAAUUUGGAGUUUAGAAGCAAGCCACUCUGAGGAAGCAUGCCGGGAGAAGGACUCAUUGCUUAGCAAGCCAGUUAUAUAUUAUUUCUUGAAUCGGAUUAAGGAAUUCAAUGAAUGGGCACAAUGUCUUAUACUUGAAUUGGCAGUAAAGUAUGUACCGUCAGAUAGUAAUGAUAUUUUUGACAUAAUGAAUCUGUUGGAAGACAGACUUCAGCAUGCCAAUGGAGCUGUUGUCUUGGCAACAGUCAAAGUGUUUUUACAGUUAACACUCUCCAUGACUGAUGUUCAUCAACAGGUAUAUGAGCGUAUUAAAUCCCCGCUUCUGACUCUCGUCAGUUCUGGAAGUCCAGAGCAGUCGUAUGCAAUCUUGAGCCACCUUCAUCUUUUGGUUGUUCGUGCACCAUUCAUCUUUGCCGCAGAUUAUAAGCAUUUCUACUGCCAGUACAAUGAACCCUCAUAUGUCAAAAAGUUGAAGCUUGAGAUGUUGACUGCGGUUGCAAAUGAGAGCAACACGUACGAAAUUGUGACGGAACUGUGCGAGUAUGCUGCAAAUGUUGAUAUUCCUAUUGCAAGGGAAUCAAUUCGGGCAGUUGGGAAGAUUGCUUUGCAGCAGUACGAUGUUAAUGCAAUUGUUGAUAGACUUCUUCAAUUUCUGGAAAUGGAAAAGGACUACGUGACCGCUGAAACUUUGGUUCUUGUGAAGGACCUUUUAAGGAAGUAUCCACAAUGGAGCCAUGAUUGCAUUUCUGUUGUUGGGGGUAUCAGCAGCAAAAAUAUCCAGGAACCGAAGGGUAAAGCGGCUCUCAUAUGGAUGUUGGGUGAAUAUGCUCAGGACAUGAGUGAUGCUCCUUAUAUUUUGGAGAAUCUGAUAGAAAACUGGGAGGAAGAGCAUUCGGCUGAGGUUCGUUUGCAUCUCCUAACGGCAGCAAUGAAAUGCUUUUUCAAGAGGGCUCCUGAGACUCAGAAAGCCUUAGGAACAGCUCUAGCUGCAGGCAUUGCUGAUUUUCAUCAGGAUGUUCAUGACCGAGCCUUGUUCUAUUAUCGGGUUCUGCAAUACGAUGUACAUGUGGCAGAACGUGUUGUGAGUCCUCCAAAACAGGCGGUAUCAGUCUUUGCUGACACUCAAAGCAGUGAAAUCAAAGACCGAAUAUUUGACGAGUUUAACAGCUUAUCUGUGAUCUACCAAAAGCCAUCGUACAUGUUCACGGAUAAGGAACACCGAGGGCCCUUUGAGUUUUCAGACGAACUUGGAAAUAUUCCCAUCACACCUGAAGCUUCCAGUGACAUUGUUCCUGCUCAGCAAUUUGAGGCUAAUGACAAGGACCUGCUUCUGAGUACUGACGAGAAAGAUGACAAUAAAGGACUUAUCAAUAACAAUGGUUCUGCUUACACGGCUCCUUCAUAUGAAAGCUCCUCUAAUACAAUAACCUCACAAAUGCAAGAGCUUGCAAUCUCCGGCCCCGCCACAUCCACAACUACCCCACAAUCAAGCUUUGGUUUUGAUGAUCUCUUUGGUUUGGGUGUAUCAACAGCUCCUGCUCCAACACCAUCGCCGCCUCUUUUGAAACUUAACCCAAGAGCUGCUCUAGAUCCAAGCGCCUUCCAACAGAAAUGGCGCCAGUUACCAAUAUCGUUAACACAGGAUUAUUCUGUGAAUCCUCAAGGCAUCGUGGCCUUGACAGUUCCACAAUCACUUAUCAAGCACAUGCAGAAUCAUUCAAUUCACUGCAUUGCAUCGGGAGGUCAAUCUCCAAACUUCAAGUUCUUCUUCUUUGCACAAAAGGAGUCAGAACCAUCAAACUAUCUCGCGGAGUGUAUCAUAAACUCUUCAUCCGCCAAAGCUCAGAUAAAACUGAAAGCAGACGAGCAGAGUACUUCUCAGGCAUUCGCAACCGUAUUUGAAUCAGCCUUGUCCAAAUUUGGUAUGCCUUGA